AUGCUCAAGGCCUGCACGCACAAGGGACAGCCCGCUGCCACGAGGCUCUGCUCCACGCUUCAUUCAUUUCCUGCUUCCUCACUUCAUUGCUUCCCUGCUCUCUUUAUCGCUUCCCUACUGUCCACGUCUGCCUGCCCCCAGCAGAGCUUCAGCUGCGCGCCAUCGUGGACAUGUCGGGUGCUGUCAGCAGCGCCACCACGGCGUGCCACUCCUGCUCGCGUUCUUUCUGCCUCUUGCAGCGCACCAACCGUUCCAUCACGUCCAAGGCGAGUGGUGAAGGGGCGCACGGGGGGAAGUGCACAGCGCUACAGCGGUCGAACCAUCGCACACGCGCACAGUACGAUCAAGCCGUAUCCAGUGCCGCGUACCAUGCUGACCCCAUCGCACCUCACCAUGCUGACCCCAUCGCACCUCACCAUGCUGACCCCAUCGCACCUCACCAUGCUGACCCCAUCGCACCUCACCAUGCUGACCCCAUCGCACCUCACCAUGCUGACCCCAUCGCACCUCACCAUGCUGGCCCCAUCGCACCUCACCAUGCUGACCCCAUCGCACCUCACCAUGCUGGCCCCAUCGCACCUCACCAUGCUGACCCCAUCGCACCUCACCAUGCUGACCCCAUCGCACCUCACCAUGCUGACCCCAUCGCACCUCACCAUGCUGGCCCCAUCGCACCUCACCAUGCUGACCCCAUCGCACCUCACCAUGCUGGCCCCAUCGAACCUCACCAUGCUGGCCCCAUCGCACCUCACCAUGCUGGCCCCAUCGAACCUCACCAUGCUGGCCCCAUCGCACCUCACCAUGCUGACCCCAUCGCACCUCACCAUGCUGACCCCAUCGCACCUCACCAUGCUGACCCCAUCGCACCUCACCAUGCUGAUCAUGCCGUCUAUCGCGGGGCCCUUGGCUGCUGGCUUGAGCUUCGCACGUGAAGACAACACCACCUCCAUCGCAACCCAACUGCUGCUCUCGCCUUCUGUGGGUAGCGAAAUGCACCCCCCAAGUCAGGUCAAUAGAGUUGCGGGUUGCUCACUUCCCCUCCCCUCCCCUCCCCUCCCCUCCCCUGCUGUCCUCCCCUCCCCUGCUGCCCUCCCCUGUCCUCCCCUGCCCUGUCCUGCCCUCCCCUCCUCCCCCCCCCCUCCUUGCUUUCUCCAGCCCUGUGCCCUAACCUGCCCAGUUCCCUGCCAUCUCCUGCCCUCCCCUCCCCUGCCCUCCCUGCCCUUCCUAUUCAUCCCUUCCCCCUCCGUUCCUACCGGUCUCUUCCCAACCCAUGGUCCUGCCUCGCCCCUUCCCGUCCCCGUCCCUCCCCUUCCCGUUCCUUUCCAAUCCAAGCCCGUCCACUCUCGCUCUCCUGUCCGAUCCAUCGCUUCCCGUCCCCAACCGGCCCAACCCGUCCUGCUCCGCCCCAUCCCCUCUCAUCCCGUCCCGCCGUCCCGUCCCGGCUCCUCUCGUCGCGUCCCCUCCCGUCCAAUCCCGUUUCAUCGAUUAUCCCAUUCUGUCCCCUUUCGUCCCUUCCCGUCUAGAGCAACUCCUUCCCGUCUCGUAAACUUCUCUCUGUCCCGUCCAACCCCUUCCCCGUUGCGUUCCGUCCCGUCGCUUCCCCCUGCGGGUGCUGCAAGCAUGACUCUUCUACCCUGCCUGAAAUCGCUCAAUUUCAUGCUGUCUUGUCCCGACCUUGACACCAUCGUCCCAUCAGCAUCGCCUUGGUUCACCGGGCUGGAGGAGCUGCUCAUCACCAACUGCAGCGAGCUAGAGACCCUUCCUGAGCCCAUAGGACACCUGCUGCCGUGCCUUCGCAAGCUGACCAUUCGCGAGUGCUACUAUUUCGCUCACCUGCCUGAAAGCUUCACUGCUCUAAGCCAUUUGGAGGAGCUCAUUGUCUCCACGUGUGAUGACUUCACCUUACCCUCCAACUUUGGCCACCUGCCUGCCCUCAGAUUACUGGUGCUGGAAAGUUUGUCAUUCACUGCAUUCCCUCCUUCCUUCUGUCAUCUUACAUCUCUCGAGGCACUCUUUUUAGUUGAGUGCCACCCGCUUUUGAAGCUGCCCGCAGGAUUCUGCCACUUGACUGCUCUCAAGGCGCUCUGUUUCUCAAGAUCGGAGACCCUUGCCUUGCCAGAGGACCUUGGGGCCCUUGCAUGGCUAGAGUCUCUCCAGUUGCAUGAGUGCCAGCACCAGCCCCUUCCACGCUCCUUCACCGAUCUCUCCUUCCUCACGAGCCUUGAGCUGAGCGCAUGCUUUGGAGGAGAGCUGCCAGCCCUGGGCGAGCUGAGCAGGCUGCGGGAGCUGAAGAUCGUUGAUCUCCCCAUCAGCACGCUCCCUGACUCACUCACACGGCUCACGAGCCUGCGGACCUUGGAGGUGGAGGGGCUGCCAGGCACUCCUCCAAGUGCCCCCUCGGCUGGAUAUGCUGGUGGGGCUGAAGAGGCUGGUGCUCACGGAGGUGCUGAAGCUGAACCGCGUUGGGGUGCGCUGCGGGCCUGCCGUGGGACCGAUGGGGCAAGGAGGGCAGUGGGAGCAAGGGGGGCAGGGGCAGGAGGGGGAGCAGGGGAAGCAGGGGCAGCACGGGGAGCAGGGGCAGAAGGGGGAGCAGGGGCAGCAGGGGAAGCAGGGGCAGCAGGGGGGGCAGGGGCAGCAGGGGGGCAGGGGCAGCAGGGGGGGUAG